UAGCCGAAGUUCGGAGCCCCGCCCCCGCCCCCGCCCCGCCGCCCCGCGACCUGCCGCCCCUCGCUUGGCCUGACGAGUCGGCACGGCUGUCCCGAGCGCCAUGUCGGGUUCUUCCAGCGUCGCCGCCAUGAAGAAGGUGGUUCAGCAGCUCCGGCUGGAGGCCGGGCUCAACCGCGUGAAGGUUUCCCAGGCAGCUGCAGACUUGAAACAGUUUUGUCUGCAGAAUGCUCAACAUGACCCUCUGCUGACUGGAGUGUCUUCAAGUACAAAUCCCUUCAGACCCCAGAAAGUCUGCUCCUUUUUGUAGUCAUGUAUCUUGAGGUAAGUUUUCUUCCUAUCACCCCCUUUCCAUAUAAAAGAAGAACCAGCUAGGUUUCUAGGUUUUUAUUUGUAGCACUGACAACAUCUAUCCCUAUAAUUUUGUUUUCCAAAUUUCUUGUUUUUUGAAGUAUAGUGAAAACUUGAUUAGUAAUCAUAAAGACUACGUUUCUAUAAAGAGUGCUAUGUAACUCUAACAAGGUAUGGGAGAGUCACAAAACUCCACUAUCACAGACAUGUGUUUGUACAUUAUCAAAUUGAAACGUUAACAAAAUUUAUAGUCCUUAUAGGACCGACUCUGUCAAUACUGGUGGCUCUGAAUAAACUGUGUAAGAGAGCCAAGGUGGUUGGGGUACCUGAAUAAGCAAACACGGCACAGGCAUCUGGAAUAAGGAACAGGUUUUACCUUUAUUUCCAUUUGUUGAGAAAAGAUUUAAAAAAAAAAAGAGAGAGAGAGAGAGAUUUGCACUUGUUGGCAGGGAACUGGAUUUGAGGAUUAAGACAAUGAAUCACUUGCUCUUUAGUACAUCUGUCAAGAGUUUAUAUUCAUGUUCUAGAUCAAAUACCACGUGUGAAAAAACCUGUUGAUCUAAAGAUGUGGCCAAAACUGCUUCAGCUAAUUUAAAAUGUAAUUAAAGGAUACUGUCUGUCAUUUGUAAUCUUUGGUACAUUAGUUAAUGGUAUUGAAUUGGGAAGCAGACUUAAACUGUGUAUUAAAAAGUACUUUGUUGUAGUACACACCCUUAUACUAACAUUCUGACUCAAAGUCCAGGAAGCUGCUUCCUAAAAUACCUUAUUACAUAGGCUUUGUAGAUCUGGGAGUGUUCAGGAAGUGUAAGUACUGUUCCAGUAAAUAUAAUGAUUAGUUAAGAAUACAAGGCUUUUUGAAACAUCAAGGAGAAGGGGAAUGAAGCUGCUUUUAGGUAAUAGGUUCUCCAUGAAGAAAUAGUGUUAACAGUCCAGCUCAUAUCUUUAUAUUUAACAGUGUUAAUAGUUUCUGGCUUUUGGCAAUAUUCACUGGGGGUCUCAAGGAGUUUCAUAUUUUUAUAAUUUACUAAAAAUUCUUUUUUAGACUCAGUUCUUGUAUUUUUUUUUUUUUUUUGGUUUUUCGAGACAGGGUUUCUCUGUGUAGCUUUGCGCCUUUCCUGGAACUCGCUUUGGAGACCAGGCUGGCCUCGAACUCACAGAGAUCCACCUGGCUCUGCCUCCCGAGUGCUGGGAUUAAAGGCAUGCGCCACCACCGCCCGGCUCAGUUCUUGUAUUUUUACAGAUUAAUUUAUUUUCAUCUAAUAAAAAAUGUUAAGUCUGAAGUCCUAUUAAUACUUUUUUUGUUUUUAAGAGUCCACACUUCAGUGUUUAAAUGAUUUACAUUUAUAAAUGACUGAGAUAAGAACCCAGAUUUCAAAAUAAAAUUAAGGCUGUUAAUUCCAGCAGUAAGGAAAACUUUGGAUAUUAUGAUUUGAAGCAAUUUAGGGUGAGGAAAGGGUAUUUAGAUGUAGCAACACUGCUCCUUAAAACUGUCAGUGAAUUUCCAGAUCGCCUUCCUGAAGUCCAUAUUAUAACCCAGGGGUUCUAAGGUUUAAGGCUCCAGACCCUGUAAACUCUGCUGAUGGUCUAGUGGACAUUAAAGACGUGGACUAAAAGAAAAUCACUGGCGUCUAUACUCAGAUUUUAAAAGUAAAACCAACCUAAGUAAUUUAGCAACAGAGGAUGCAGAAAGGAAAUGACCGUUGUUGUUAAUGUGUUUCCUCUUAAGAGCAUUUCUGUGUCAGUAAAUAUUCACAGGGCUUUCAGCAGCUGAGCUAUAACAUGGUAAUUACUUCACUUAGUAUCAGUUUCCAAGUUUGAGGCCAUGGCCAAGGCUGACAUUUUGGUGGCUGGCUGUAUACGUUAGUGGUGAAACUACCAAACAGAGACGUGGAAGUUUUAAUAAUACUUGAUUAUCACUGCUCAUCUUUGGCCUUCCACUCAGGGCAUGGAUGGUUGUGUGUGUGUGGUGCACGCUCAAUUUGCUAUUAAGUGAAGUUAAAUGUUUUCUUCUGUUUUUCCCCAGAGGUUCUGUACUUCUUCAGUGUUUGUUAUGAAGUACUCAAAAUUUUAUUUUAUUUUUUUACACCUUGUUAGUUUUUAAAAACAGGUUUUACUUUUACUACUUUCUGUAGUAACUUAUUGUGAAGUUGUUAUGCCUGUUUUUUCUUUCCCCUAUAUACAUGAACUUAACUGUAUUUUAUAGUAUCAAGAUAAUACUGUUUUUAAGUAUAUAAUUAUUGCUUUAAUUUUUGAGAUCUGUGUUUAUCCUGUAUGGAUUGUUCAGUCAUUUAAGCUGCUAAAUGGUAUUCUGCUGCCGCAUACAUAGAUUGUCUAUUCAUUCUUCCAAUGAGCUGCAGUAAGAUUGUUGAUGCUGCUGACAGCAGUAUGUUCAGGAUUCUUGCAUGUUUUUUGUGUGUAGGUGAAUAGAAGUGACUUCAUCAUAAAUCAUUUUUCCAAAGGAGCUUUGGAUUUUCCUUAUUGAAUGUUUUUAUGUUUGCCUUUUUAUUAUGAAAAAGUAUAUUUCAGUAAUUUUAGAGAUGUCAUCUAUAAGACUCCAUAAAACGGGUUGAUGGGUACUUUGCCUGUUGUAAGAACUAGGGGAAAGUUGGAUUUUAGAGCGUUUUGUAGAUUGUAUCUUCAAAAGUAAACAAAUAGGCUUAGGCUCAAUUUAAUUAAAAAACCCUUUAUAAACUGAUAUUCAAGUGAGCCGCCUAGAAAUAGAGGGGUUGACUGUAACAUGAAUUUCUAAAGGUCUUAUCAUAAAAAACCUGGUGCCAGAUAUUGUAAAUGCUGAAAGAUCAGAGAGAUAACAGAAUAAGGCACAGACACCUCUUAACUCUAGGACUCCUCAGCCUGAAAAAGCCUUGGUCAAUAGGCCUCUAGCCGAAUGAGCUUCUUCAGCUGAAAAGGCUCUAGUUCCUGUCUCCUCAAGCCUUACAUACCUUUCCCAUAUCAUUUCCUGUCUCAACUUUCUUAGUGCUGGGAUUAAAGGUGUGUGCCACCACUGCCUGGCUCCAUUUCUCUCCUAGACCCAGUCAAUCUAUCACCGCAGUUGCCUUAUGGUAGGUGUAUACCAGCAACCCCAUAGUAAGCUGAAAAUACAUCACACUCUCACCUGUCAAGUCUACUGACUUAGCAGCACAGCGAGGGGUUGGCAGUUGGCCGGUCUUGGUCCUGGAGUGGACUAGGGAAUGUCACCUCACUGCUGCUACUACACAGCAUCUCAGAAGAACAGCAUUACCGAAUAUGCCCAGGUAGCCCUUUACACCAUUGUGAGGUUGAAAAGGAUCAUCUGUAUGUUAUUACUCAGAAAAAUAGGCAGAACAUAAACCAUUUUCAAAAAUAAAAAACAAUUGUCCUUGCUUAAAUAUCAGUUAUAAAGUAUCGAUAACUUUUUUUUAACAUUUUUAUCUUUUUUUUCCUCCCAUCAGAUUUCUCAAACCACUUUUCAUGAACCAGUGGACAUUCAAGAGAACUAAAUUUGAAGUCUGUACAAAAGCUUCUCUAUAACGCGUGCCAUAAUAUACAAUCUUCUACUUGUCAGAUCUUAACAUCUACCUCUCUGAAUUUUCAUGGAUUUCUGUUUCACAAGGUUUAACUAUUUUAUAUACACUGGCUAUAGCAUACAAUAAAACAGCAUACAAAUUUC